AUGUCUGUUGAACAAGUUCGCGUCCAAGAAUACCUCGAUUUCGCCAUCAAUCUAGCCAAAGAAGCUGGUGCUAUCAUCAAGACUGCCGUUGAUUCUCGCAUGGCAGGAACAGGUUCCAACAUUGAACUGAAAAAAGAGAACCCCACAGAUCUUGUGACAGAGACGGACAAAGCAGUUGAAGAGUUCAUCAAGGAGCGUCUCUCUCGCACGUAUCCUGAACACAAGUUCAUUGGCGAAGAGACUUUUGCUGGUGGUGCAAAGACAGAAUUCACCCAUGAACCAACCUGGAUUGUUGACCCCAUUGAUGGUACCACUAAUUUCAUUCAUGGAUAUCCAUUUGUCGCCGUUUCCAUCGGAUUGACAAUCAACAAGAUCCCAACAGUAGGUGUUGUCUUUAACCCUCUCCUUAACGAGCUCUACUCUGCUGCCAAGGGCAAGGGCGCCUAUCUCAAUCAGACUCAAAAACUACCCUUAUUCAACCCUCCUCAGCCUUUGGUGAAUCUGUCUCAUUGUUUGAUCGCCACUGAAGCCGGAUCUGACAGAUCCAAGCUGGUGAUUGAUGCCAAAAUUGCUGCUAUUCAUGACAUGCUUCAAAAGAAAUCAGAGACUAAUCCUUUUGCUGCUGAAGCACACAGUGUGCGUACAACUGGGUCUGCUGCUCUCAAUUUGUGUAAUGUCGCCAAAGGUAUCAUUGAUGUGUAUUGGGAAGUAGGAUGCUGGGAGUGGGAUGUGGCUGCCGCUAUUGUCAUUGUUGCAGAAUCUGGUGGCCUUGUCCUGGCUGGCGGCAACGAUAAAUCAGACAAUGAACCUGUAAACAUUUUCUGCCGUAAAUACUUGGCUAUCCGUGCUGCUAGAGAUAGAGAAAGCCAAAUAGAAAUUGCCAAUCAAAUGAAGGAUUUGAUCCCUACUAUUGAGGCCCCUCGUGCUCCUGUUCCUGGAGGCUUUGAGCAGUAG